AUGGAAGAAACCGUGACUAAGAAGUGUAUCGCAUACACAAGACUCAGAACAGCAUGUCCAAACCCUCAAGAAAAAGAUAGUAAAUGGUGCUCGUUACAUGAAGAACUUCAAGGAAAACAUAUGAGAAUUUAUAAACAACAUUCACGUGAAUUAGAUCAAUAUUUAAUUCAAAAUCCUUAUCCUUUUCACAAAUCAGAAUAUAAGUUCAAUGGCCAAUCAUACGAACCUCAGAAACAGAUCACUACUCGAAUGAUUCCUAGAGUUGAGGAUGUGUUGAAGGUUUCUGACAUUGAAACUUUGCGCUCAUGGCAUCAAAUCUCACGUAGGAUUUGGAAUUUGACCAACAGGACUGUGAUAGCUCGUGAACGUCAUCAUUCACAAUUUUACCGAGAUGGCGAUGAUGGUCAUCGUCAUUUUAAUGCGAUUUUAAGAUAUAAGUUAGAAAUCGUAGAAGCCUUGAUGUCAGCUAUUGACGAGAAAAUUUAUAAACUUACAGUGGCUUUCGAGGAAGCAAAUUGGGUCUUAGACCAACCACCAGAAUUAAAUUGUCAAGAUUCAGACCCGCUUGAGCUUGACUCGGACUCUGGUGGUCAAACGUUGACAGAUAUCAGUAGUGGAGAUGAUACAAACAGUUUAGAUUUAGUUUCUACCCCUUCUUCGUCAGAUGAAAGCGAUCUUGAACCUGAAUUCGAAAGAAUGGAAGUUGUAGAAGAAAAAGUCAAUCAACGGUCUAGAGGUCUUAUCCUUCAACUCACUGGGUACCUUGAUUUACCUUUUCAUGCCUCGAAAUUGGAAAAACAUACUGUUUUAGAGUUGAAACAGAUAGUCCGUAAUGUCUUCCGUAGGAUCAUCGUGCGUGAUGCGGGUUUGUUCGUCAGAGCCAAAGAAUUUGAUAUGAAUUCAUCUUCCAAUAUCGCAUCAUUGUCAAACGAUGACCAAAUUGAUUGGCGUCAAAGUUCAUACGUCUGUCCUGUAAGAGCUUUCAUAGCAAGCGGAACACUUUCGUUAAAAGAGCUUCAAAGGUUAUUCUGGAAAGAGAAAGCAGGCCCAGAGUUGAUCAGGAAUGCGAUUUCAGAUUUAUUCAGAUCAAAUGAAAGUCAUUCAAAUUCAGAUAGCAAAGAGAAGAUAGCUAGUACACAAAAGACGUCGGCGAAGAUGUGGGUUUUAGGUGGCUAUGUAUGGAAGAAACCAUUGAGUGGUCCCCUUCCAAGACUUGGGACUGAUUACUUUUACGCCUUUGUGGGGUGCCAUGGUUGUAUGUUAUCAACUUGUCGAACCUUUGAGGAAUGGGUAGAGAACAGAAGACUAUCUUUGAUAUGUUCUCGAUAUCCAGAUUGGUUAAAUCAAGUCGAAAGUCAAGUCGAAAGCUUGUUCAGAAGUCUGCGCAUCGUCAUCAGUGGUCAUAAUUCUAAUAGUAAACUGUCAAGGAUCGAGAGAGUGAUUCCCAAGUGCAAGAAGUUGAAAACUGUUUACAUCGAAGUUCAAGAACGUCAUUAUGUAUAUCUUUGUUUACCAUUGGAUUCAAGGUCAAGUAAGAUAAUAGAUACACUAGCAUCAGAUCGAAACUCUUUCCACGUCUUUUCGUCAAGGCGAGAUACUGGUGAGAUAGCUCAUAAACCGAUCAAAGAAACAGAUCUUUGGUGUACUCGAACUCGUUCUGCAUAUUCAACUUUAGAACGUAAAAAGAAACCUUUUACGAUUUCUACAAUGUUUCAAUCAAAUCCAAAUACGUUUGAUUGUGCAUUGAGAAGUUUAGAUAGAAGGUUUGGGAGAGAAUUUGUUGAUUGUUGGGAUGUUUUAGUGAUGGAUGUCAAGGUUUUAGAGUUUCAGUCGUUCUUGAGCUCGAUUGGUGAGACCGUGAUAAAAGCUGUUGGAUAUGACUCUGUGGGUGAUCUUGAUCACCUCAAGAAUAGCUUGUCUGGGAAGCUUGGAGAAGAAAAUCUGCUAGGAGAUGGUCAACUCCGGAACUCUGAUGUACGAUAUCUUCGUACAAUCUUUAAAAACAUCUUACAAGAAGAUGGUAAAAAGUUGUAA